AUGGCUACGAGACGUGUUCGUGUAUGUGAUGAGACAUCAACCCGUAGACAGUUCAAGCAGCUCCCAGUCGAGGCUGACAUAUCUUGCAACAACUUAGCUUCCGGCUGCAUCGCAACUAAUGAUGGUGAGGAAUCGAAAAGCACCCGUGAAGUAAAUAUUUCUCAAGUUUUAAAGGAGCUGCGAGCAUUCAGGAACGAUUUUGUUGGCAUGAAGUCAGAUAUUCAAAGAGUGACUGAUAGCAUUCAGGAAAUUAAUAAAAAAUUUAGUGAAAUGGAAUCUCGUUUCAGUGUCAUUGAGGAUAGGUUAAUAAUAAAUGAAAACAAAACGGCGUUGAUUCCUAAAUUAAAACAAGGCCUAGACUCAGCUAAAGAAUCGAUAUUAGAAAAUGAGUUACAGCAACGGGACCAACUAGCUAGGAUGAACAACGUCGAGAUAUCCGGGAUACCUAUUGCUGCUGGUGAGAACCUCUCAACGCUAAUACGGGCCAUUUCUAAUAAGGUUGGUUACUCACUAGACGGCCGUGACAUCGAUGGUGUCACGCGUGUACGGAGGUUCGAAGCGAGCAGUGUGUCUGCAGAAUCAAGCGUCUCACGUCCGCCGGCCAUCAUUGUAAAAUUCGCUCGGCGGCUGUGUAAGGAUAAAUUCCUAGCAGCAGUGCGCUCGCGAUGCGGCCUAACUACUGCCGAUGUCGAUCUUUCGGGUCCCUCUCAAAACGUGUAUGUGUCGGAUCACCUCACUCCUCGAAACAAACAAUUAUUCAAGCGUGCCAGACAGAUCAAAACCGACUUGAAUUAUUCUUAUUUAUGGGUUAGAGACUGUAAGAUAUUGAUGCGCAAAAACGAGAGGUCUAAUGUUGUCGUCAUCAGGAAUGAUGCCGACAUAUCCAAGUUAAAAUGA